UGUCAGGCAGUCCCAGGCUUGCGCCCAGAUCUCCUGGCCGGACUCCAGGCGGGUCAGAGGUAGGGUCGGCGCCCCGGGCGGCAAGUCAAGGGGGAGGCGAUGGCGCCCGCGGUGUCCAAGCUGCGGACCGAGGUCGGACUUGGGGGGCUCCCAAGGCGGGCGCUCGUCCAGUACCUGUUCCUCCUGCGGCUCUACCCGGUGCUCACGAAGGCAGCCACCAGUGGCAUUUUGUCAGCACUUGGGAACUUCCUUGCCCAGAUGAUUGAGAAGAAGCAGAAAAAAGACAACUCUAAAAGUCUAGAUGUCAGCGGGCUUCUCAGAUAUGCUGUUUAUGGAUUCUUCUUCACAGGGCCGCUGAGUCACUACUUCUACCUCUUCCUGGAGCAUUGGAUCCCUCCUGAGGUUCCCUUGGCGGGAGUCAAGAGGCUCCUCCUGGACCGACUCCUCUUUGCACCAGCCUUCCUGUUGUUGUUCUUCCUCGUCAUGAACUUUCUGGAGGGGCAGAACACCGAGGAUGCACUGGCCAGGGUGCGGGCCCGCUUCUGGCCUGCGCUUCGCAUGAACUGGAGGGUCUGGACACCCGUGCAAUUUGUCAACAUCAACUAUGUUCCACUGCAGUUCCGGGUGCUUUUUGCUAAUUUGGUGGCUCUAUUCUGGUACACCUACCUGGCUUCUUUGGGGAAGUGAAGAUGCCCAGGACACAUCAGACACACCGGAUAUGGGCCUAGGGGAAGCUUACCUGCCCAAAGACAGGACAGACCAACCAGUUAAGACUUAUAUCUGACCCUAAACUGUGAUUUAAGAUGCCCUAAAAUAAUGAAUGGAGAAACCAAAA